AUGGUCUAUCAAAAGUUGGAUUUAUUUUCAUCUCAAUUUCAAUUUAAUCUUGGAAAUUAGCAAACAAAGAAAGCAACUUUGUUUGGAACAUUUUUAUCAGUGAUUGUUGUUACGACAACUUUAGCCUAUUUUGUUUAUAUGAUUAAUUAGUAUGUGACUAAUUAAUUGCAGCCAACUUUCAGAUAAUAGAGCUUUGUGACUGAGGAAAACAUUGAACUGGAUAUAGAUUAAAAUUUAAUUGGAUAUAAAUUUAAUUAUGGAAUGCCUACUCUUGGAAACUAGACUUAUUUUAUAAUUAUGGCAUUUUUUUUUUAAAAAGAUAAUAAUAAUAUGACAACACUUCCAUUAAACACUAUUGAAUGCACACAUCCUAGUUUAGCUGGUUAUUUAUGCUUUGAUUUCUCUAAAUUACCUUACACUAAAAUGAAUUUUGACUCCAAAAAUAAUAUUUAAUCUCAAAUAAGAAUAUUUACAUAUGGAUGCAGAGAUAUCGACUUUUUAAAAACAUAGGAAGGAGUUAACUGCGCUAGCUAGAAGGAAAUAGAUAGCAUGAUAAAUAACCCUAGUUCUAGCAUUACGCUAAAAUUAUUUACUUCUUAGUAUAAUACAUCCUCUUAGCAGAUGACAUCAAACUACAGAAAUGUUGGAAUGCCAACAAAUUCCGACUUGAACGUUGUCAGCUAAAUAAGAGCUUAAAAGUAAGUAACUAAUGUCAAGAAAGGAAUCAUAAUUCAAUCACAAAACACUUAUAUGUCUCCGAUUUCAUACGAUUAACAAACCCUUACUCUGGAUAGAUAAAAAACAUUUCAAUUAAAUGGUAUUAAUUCACUUAGUAUGAUUUAUUUGUACCUUGAUGAAAUGGUUUCAGAAACUGAUAUUUAAUACCUUACUUUACCCUCGAUUCUCGCUUCUAUAAAUAGUAUAUUCAGUCUUUUAAUGGUUCUGGGUUACCUUGGCAGGUCUGUCUCUUCAAAAUAUAUCAAAAAGGAUUUCUUUAUGCUCUUUUUAAAAAAUUUGUUUCUAGAAGACUAUUUCCAGAUUUUAAAAUCAAACAAUUUACACAAUGAACCCACUCAAUAAUAAAAAGAUUAGCUUUAAGAAAUUGAAAUGAAAUCUAAUUAAUAUGAGAUCGAGCUCAAAAUCGACAAUGAAAGAGAAGAAAAUUUCUUUGAAUAAGGAACUAUACCCGAAUUUAACAAUAAGCUGAAGAAGUCUUUAGAUUUAAGAAAAACCAAUACGUUAAAUUAAUUUAAUGUAAACGGAACAAUCCUCAAUUAAUCUAUUCCUUUAAAGAAGCAAGAAAAUAGUCAAACUCAAAUUUAGGAUGGAAGAUUUUUUUCUAUCGAAGAAAACACACUAAAUCCAGAUUCACCAGCACUUAUCCAAUAACAAUAAAAUUAAAGAGGGUCAAAUCUUAACAUGUUCUCAGAUAGUGUUUUGUAAUCAUCAAACUAAAAAAUUUAGGACAAUAUAUCAAAAUAAUCAAGUCCUAAGUCUGCUUAAAAACCAAGUUUUAUAGGAUCUAACUUUAAAAAGAAUUCAAUUAAAAAAGCAACCCUAAUAAAGCAAGCAACAAAAACGCAGGAAUACAGGAGACAAUCAGAUGAGUUCGACUUUGCCAUCAAGAAGCUUUAAGCGAUUUAAGACUCUAAAAUAUCUAACAAAAUAUAAAACAUGGCUUCGAAAAUAGUUUGUUUUUGUAGAAAUAAAAAUGCUUCAGAGAUAAAAGGCUUGGAUAAGAAGAAGUAAGAAUUGAUCGAGUAAUAAGUUAUGAAAGAUCUGGAUAUAUUGAAUUUUAUAAGAGACAUAAUGUUUUUAAAGAAAGCGAUCAUGCUUAUCUUAACUAAAGACUAAUACGCAGCUGUUUAGCUUAUUGGGCUAUCCUCUAAUUUUUUAGAUUUAAAUUUAACUAACUUUAACAUCGACUAAAUGCAGCUAGAGAGCAAUUUCAGUCCUUACGAAUCUUAGUUUAUUAUAGCUUAAUCAAAAGAACUACAAGAGUAAUAUCUUAAAAACUUCUUGGUUAGGUGUUCUGAUGAAAAAGAAGAAAUGAGUAAUUUAGAUAAAAGAAUUUUUUAAUCAUUUAAAAAAAUAUGCUGUAAAUGA